AUAUAUUUUAUUUAAAAACGCAUGCGCUAAUAUGACAGAUAAAAAUUUGAGGUUGGAACAAUAUAGAAAUAACUGUCAUUUUUUGUAAUUAUUUUAAUGUAUAUUUUGUAAUAUAUAAAAAUUUGAUAUUAAAAAAUGAUGUCUGAAAGAGAUUAUGCACCUCUUAGUCCUGCUUGUGUACGUUCUCUUAAUGACAAACUUUACGAAAAACGAAAAGCAGCAGCCUUGGAAAUAGAAAAAAUGGUAAAAGAAUUUGCUGCACACAAUAAUACUGUUCAAAUUAAACGAUUGUUAAAAGUGUUAGGUCAAGAUCUUGCUACAUCACAAAAUCCACAUACACGAAAAGGUGGUUUGAUAGGUUUAGCAGCAAUAGCAGUAGGAUUGGGAAAAGAUACUGGUCAAUAUAUAGAAGAUUUAAUUCAUCCUAUUCUAGCUUGUUUCUGUGAUUCUGAUUUACGUGUAAGAUAUUAUGCUUGUGAAAGUUUAUAUAAUGUAGUAAAAGUAGCAAGAGGAGCUGUAUUGCCACAGUUUACAGAUAUUUUUGCAGCACUUAGUAAAUUAGCAUGUGAUUCAGAACAAUCAGUGAAAAAUGCUACUGAGUUACUUGACAGACUAAUGAAGGAUAUUGUAACAGAAAGUGGUUUAUUUGAUUUAGUUGGAUUUAUGCCUUUAUUGCGAGAACGUAUUUAUACUAAAAGUCCAUUUGGUAGGCAAUUUGUAAUAGCAUGGGUAUCAGUUUUAGAUGCUGUUCCUAAUAUGGAUUUUAUUAUAUUUCUACCUGAAAUUCUUGAUGGUUUAUUUAGAAUAUUAGAAGAUCCAACACAAGAAAUUAAAAAAGUUACAGACACAGUUCUUGGUGAAUUUUUGAGAAGUAUAAAAGCUAAUCCUGGAAGAGUAGAUUUUCCUGGAAUGAUAAAUAUUUUAAUUACACAUGCUCAAAGUACAGAUGAAUUAUUACAAUUAACAGCAAUUACAUGGAUUAAGGAAUUUGUACAUUUAUCAGGUCCUCUAAUGCUUCCUUAUAUGUCUGGUAUUCUUAUAGCAGUAUUACCCUGUUUAGCAUAUGAUGGAGAUACCAGAAAAAGUAUUAAAGAAACUGCAACACAAGUCAAUAUAAAUUUGAUGAAAUUGAUAACAAUGAAGAAUAAAGAAAUUGUAAAUAGUGUUAGUGAAACUAAUAUUCAAUCUCAAAAAGAUUCUAGUCAAUCUUGUUCCUUAGCUGAAAGUUUAGAUUUAUCUAGUGUUGUCGAAGUGUUAACAAAAUAUUUAAUGUGCAUGUCAGUCCAAACAAAAGUUGCUGUUUUAAAGUGGAUUCAUCAUUUAUUCACCAACAUUCCACAUAAAAUGUUUAAUCAUAUUGAAAAUUUAUUUCCAAUUUUAAUGAAAUCUUUAAGUGAUAAUUCAGAUGAAGUAGUACAACAAACAUUAGUUGUAAUGGCCGAAAUAAUUAGUUCAAAAUCACCUGAAGCAGCAAUUACAGAUUCAAAUGCAAAAAUGCAAAAUAAGUAUUUUACAAAAUUUAUUGAAUUAUUAAGAAUAUUUUCAGCAGACAGACAUUUAUUAGAAGAAAGAGGAGCUUUUAUCAUUAGAGAAUUAUGUGUUUUAUUAAGUGCUGAAGAUAUUUAUAAAACAUUAGCAAAAAUAUUGUUGGAGGAACCAAAUUUAAGUUUUGCAUGUACAAUGAUACAAACUUUAAAUGUUAUACUAUUAACAAGUUCAGAAUUAUUUGAUUUACGCAAUAAACUUAAAGACUUAGAUUCUUUAGAAAGUUGCGAAUUAUUUAAAUGUUUAUAUAUAUCUUGGUGUCACAAUCCUGUUGCAACUGUAGCAUUAUGUUUUUUAUCACAACAUUAUGAACAUGCAUGUAACAUUAUUCGAUCAUUUGAAAACAUAGAAGUAACCGUGGAAUUUCUUACUGAAAUAGACAAAUUAGUACAAUUAAUCGAAUCUCCAAUUUUUACUUACUUGAGGUUACAGCUUUUAGAAAGAGAAGAAAAUGAUGCUUUAGUAUAUGCACUUUAUGGUCUACUCAUGAUUCUUCCUCAAAGUGAAGCAUAUGCAACUUUACAAAGACGUUUAGCAGCAAUACCACCAACAACAAAAUCUAUACCAAGAACAGUAUCGAAUCCAAAAUCUUUUAAAGACAUAUUUGAUUUUUCUGAAUUAUUAAAACAUUUUCACACUAUUCAAGAACAGCAUAAAGAGCAGAAACGUAAACAACGAUUAACAAAUUUAACAGAAAAAAAUACAAAUCAUGCAGAUAUAUAAAUAACAUUUUUAUAAUAUUAAAUUUUAGAUAAUUAUAAAUAAUAAUUUAAAAAUUGGU